UUCCCUCCCCUUCUCUUCACAUCCCAACCAAUACGAACCACCUCUUCUUCUUCCUUUGCCCACUGCAACAUCUUUUAAUGGCUAGGCCAAGGUGUUCCCUCUCCCAUGCUAUCUUCUUCUUCUUCUUCUUCUUCACGAUGUCUUCCUUCGGCUUCUUCGUACCUGGGGCCUUGGCAGGCUCCUACGGGUGGCAGAACGCCCAUGCUACGUUCUACGGCGGCGGCGACGCAUCCGGCACCAUGGGAGGAGCUUGUGGGUACGGCAACCUCUACAGCCAGGGGUACGGGACGAACACGGCGGCGCUGAGCACGGCGCUGUUCAACAACGGGCUCAGCUGCGGCUCCUGCUACGAGAUGCGGUGCGCCGACGACGCCAGGUGGUGCCUGCCGGGCUCCAUCGUCGUCACCGCUACCAACUUCUGCCCGCCCAACUCCGCCCUCCCCAACGACAACGGCGGGUGGUGCAACCCCCCGCUGCAGCACUUCGACCUCGCCGAGCCCGCCUUCCUCCAGAUCGCGCAGUACCGUGCCGGCAUCGUCCCCGUCUCAUUCCGCAGGGUGCCCUGCGUGAAGAAGGGAGGCAUCAGGUUCACCAUCAACGGCCACUCCUACUUCAACCUGGUGCUCAUCACCAACGUCGGCGGCGCCGGCGACGUGCACGCGGUGUCGAUCAAGGGGUCCAAGGGCGGGUGGCAGACCAUGUCGCGCAACUGGGGCCAGAACUGGCAGAGCAACUCCUACCUCGACGGGCAGAGCCUCUCCUUCCAGCUGACCGCCAGCGACGGCCGGACCGUCACCAGCUACAACGUCGCGCCAGCCGGGUGGCAGUUCGGGCAGACCUUCGAGGGCGGCCAGUUCUAGCGCCGCUGCCGGCAGGACUCGUAGCCUCGCUCGAAGGCUGCUGCUUCUUUUAGGCUGAGGCCUUCGUUGUGGUUGGACGCUGAGGUGGCUUAAUUAGCACCCGCUGAGGCCUACCUAAUGAUGAUUAUAAUUACAGAUAUGAAGUAUCAGUUGUGA